AUGGAGGGACAGAGUUCUGAGGGUUGGGUUUGGUUGAAUGGGCAUGCAGCUUAUUUGAUUGGGCUAGGAAAAUCGACAAAGAAGAUUAAGAGAAGCAAUAGGCUACUUCCAGCUCCUCUGCUGGCUGCAGCAGCUGCAAGUGCAAGGGUAGAUGACUACUCCCCGACUAUCAUACCUUCCUGGUCACAUUUUAGUUCUUAA